AUGUACGAAUCGGCGGAGGAUGAAUUGUUGGCUAUUAAGGGGGAAUUAUGGAUGUGCGCGGAUAGCGAGAAGCCCUAUAAGGUUGGCGCGGGGCGGGGCUCCAAAAAUUACGUCUGCAUUGAAGAAGAUCGCUUCUACGUGUACUCAACACGUAGCUCGCAGUCACGUUUGAUAAAGGAAGUGGCGUUUCGAUCCAUGAAACGGGUGGCGUGGUUCACGCACAACCCAAAACCGCCGGUGUCCGGUGGGCACUACGGCGUGUCACCUCCUCACCCUCCCCCGCGCAGGGGACACGGUGUGGCUGCGCCUCAGACGCAGCAGUAUUACUACAUGGUGUUGGAGUUUAUUCGUGACUACACUGUGGAAGAAAGUGAAAAUUUGGCGAAGCGCGAGCGUGUUGUGUUGUGCACCGAAAAUGCGCAAGACUUUCAGAUUUGGCAGCAGUUUGUUGAGUCCUACAAGUGCACACGGGAGCCUCCGACUGCCGAGCUUCUGCAGGGGCGGUCACGGAAAAAGGCCACCGCCGCUGCAGAGUAUGAUCACGACGAGACGACAACGGAAGAAGAGAAGGAUAGGGUGGCGGAAUUGAUGAAUGCCUUGCGGCUGUGGAAGCACAGGGCGCUCCAGCUUCUUAACGAGACAUCACAGGCGGUAGAUUCUCCAACAAGCAGCGGAACGAGCGGAUCUUUUGGUGUGGAUCACGUGGAUGCAAACACGUGGAAAACACGUGUAGAUGCGCUGCUUGGAAAAAUGAAGAAGCAUGUAGAAAGAGACCCAGUUGGUUCAGACAUUUCACACAGCGGAAAGGAAUCAGCACGUUUAGUUGAGUUAUGGAACGAUGUUUACGAGAGACAUGUUCCCAAUAGUAGCCCUCGCGUAUAUGAUGGAGACAACCACCGAGUAGAAGAACAGCAAAGACGACGUGUACAACACAUCGAAGAUAUUUUGUCAAAGUCAAAGUUACCAUUUACAGUUCUACCUGUUCCACAGAAGGUGACAAAUGCAUGUCAUGUAGAUGGCUUGGAAAAGACAUGUUUGGCGAUUGUUAGUCAUUAUGAGUCCACAAAGGGCCCUAUAGAAAAGAGCGUGAUAAGGGAGGUUGAUGAUAGUGAUGACAUGACGUUGCCCGAUAAAAUUCGACAUGUGUACGAGACGUUACGUCAAGGGGAGGAAAAUGUGUCACAGAAAGAAGAUGCAGAAGACAUGUUAGCCGAACUUCGCGCUGCACGUCGUGCUUUAGAUGAUAGCUCCUCUACUCCACAGGCUGCAAUACACCACGUGCGUCAAGGUAAAACUAUAGAGCGUGUAGCGAAAGAGGCACUGCUUUGUUUCACAGAGACCGCAGUAGAACUCUUUCAGGUAUGCUACGAGGAAUACGCAUCGAUUCGAGAUCAUAUUCUUUCUGCAAUGCGCGGAAGCAAUGUGGGUGGAGACAAAAUUGCCAUAACAUCGGAACACUUUGAGGUCGUCAAGGCAUUGGAGGAGGAGCGACGAGCUGCAAAAACCAAACAAGAAGCUUUAGAAAAAAUUAUGGAAGAACUUGAGUAUGUGAGACGUGACCGUGACAUGGAAAUUGGCAUGUUAGAACAAAACUUUUCUCGGGCAAAGGAUGGAUGGGUGAAUGAUCUUUCAGUAUUACAGACAAAAUUAACCGCACUACAAAGUUCGAUGACAAGAACGGCGGUUGUGUUACCGGAUGAGAAGGCAACGUUGGUAUCGCCACGGCAGGCACUCUAUGGCGAUGCAAAGGAAACACCGGAUUUUGCCCCAGAAAAAAAUACCGAAGACACGGAUGACUCCAUUAGACGAUGGGCGACACAACUUGUAUGCAAUGGCGAAGAAUUGCCGGGGAGCAUCGUCGCCACACGCCUUCAGCGGUUCUUUUUUUGGGCACUAAAGAGUGUUGUGCCUCUUUGUGCGGGACGUGAUACAAAUUGCAUCCUAGAACUUGUUAUAUGGGCAAUGCAGAACCACCUAGCACUUCUUCAAACUGCUGCACGUGUCUUUGGUAGCCAGGCAAUUGGUGCAGAAAGCGAUGAAAGGACGGAUCUAUGCACUUCUCUUCAGGCACUUUACGACAACCAUGUUCAACUAGAACAAAUUAUAGAGCAUUAUGCGGGUGUUGCAUGUCCGAGCAACGUGAAAGGUAACGCUGAUUUCACGGAAGUGAGCAAUCGCUUACGAACUCUUAAAGACAAUGAAGCAAACUUGCAAAACAUACACACAAUUCUUGAAACCACAAAUGAAAAUGUGGAAGAAUAUAUCUUACAAUUAAUUAGUAGCCAUAAACAACUCCAAACCAUUAGAAAAAUUGCUGGAGAACCAAGUGAUAUUGUGCAAGGUAUUAUCCAUCAACAGCAGUUGAUUCAACAACUUCAGAAUGCAUUACGGCAAUUACUAGACAACGAAAAACACAUGCACUUGUCAACAGAAGAACUUCUUAACCAAAUACCAUCACUUUACGGAGUACAAAAAGAGCUUCAACAUACAAAACACCUACUCCAACAAACAGCCCAGUUAGUCGAUACAAUGGCAACGCAACUCACGGUGCAACAAGAAGAACUUGAAGAACGUAUAGAACACACACACGAAUACUACCAACAGCAUCCGAUACGCAUACAAACAUGGUCUGUCAUCACAGAGACUGCAAUUGCAGAACUCAUAGAAUGCUCACCCAACGCAAUAACCAAAAAAAUAAGAGAAAUCUUAGAAGAGUUAAAACUAUGCAAAUCCAUCUUAGGAGAAGAAAAAGUCAACACACAAUCUUUAAAAAAGGAUCAUAAAUUGACGCGCGCGCAGUGCCUGCACGGUAUCGAGUCUGCGCUGGCCGCCCUUGGCGUGGAGGAGAGUGAGGAGCCAGCGGCAGCGGCCAUCAUGAGAGCGGCCGAGGAGGCGAGAGCACGUGAAGAGGAACUGCACGACAGACUGGACGAGAGCGCAGCGCGCGGACGGGCGCUGGAGUCGAAGCUGAGCGAGCUGACGCGGGUCGCGGACAGCCUGCAGCGUGCGCUGGACGGCAGCGUGCUUGCCGUUGAGGACGAGGAGGACGCGAGCGCCGCUGGGGACCGCGCGGUGGAGGCGCUGAAACGCCUGUGCGAGGACUCGGUCACCGUCUCGGCGGUAAUGGGCGGCGCGAUGCAGCGGAAACUGGAAGACGCCGAGGCCGAGCCUCUGCUGCUGCAGUGCCGGAAGAUGGCGAGCGACAUGGAGGCGCUGCGCAGGAGCGAGCAGCGCUACCGCGCGCUUGUGGGCGACGACGAUGCGGGUGACCGCUGUGCGGACCGCGAGGACCCUUCGACGCGCGCGCAGUGCCUGCACGGUAUCGAGUCUGCGCUGGCCGCCCUUGGCGUGGAGGAGAGUGAGGAGCCAGCGGCAGCGGCCAUCAUGAGAGCGGCCGAGGAGGCGAGAGCACGUGAAGAGGAACUGCACGACAGACUGGACGAGAGCGCAGCGCGCGGACGGGCGCUGGAGUCGAAGCUGAGCGAGCUGACGCGGGUCGCGGACAGCCUGCAGCGUGCGCUGGACGGCAGCGUGCUUGCCGUUGAGGACGAGGAGGACGCGAGCGCCGCUGGGGACCGCGCGGUGGAGGCGCUGAAACGCCUGUGCGAGGACUCGGUCACCGUCUCGGCGGUAAUGGGCGGCGCGAUGCAGUGGAAACUGGAAGACGCCGAGGCCGAGCCUCUGCUGCAGCAGUGCCGGAAGAUGGCGGGCGACAUGGAGGCGCUGCGCAGGAGCGAGCAGCGCUACCGCGCGCUUGUGGGCGACGACGAUGCGGGUGACCGCUGUGCGGACCGCGAGGACCCUUCGACGCGCGCGCAGUGCCUGCACGGUAUCGAGUCUGCGCUGGCCGCCCUUGGCGUGGAGGAGAGUGAGGAGCCAGCGGCAGCGGCCAUCAUGAGAGCGGCCGAGGAGGCGAGAGCACGUGAAGAGGAACUGCACGACAGACUGGACGAGAGCGCAGCGCGCGGACGGGCGCUGGAGUCGAAGCUGAGCGAGCUGACGCGGGUCGCGGACAGCCUGCAGCGUGCGCUGGACGGCAGCGUGCUUGCCGUUGAGGACGAGGAGGACGCGAGCGCCGCUGGGGACCGCGCGGUGGAGGCGCUGAAACGCCUGUGCGAGGACUCGGUCACCGUCUCGGCGGUAAUGGGCGGCGCGAUGCAGUGGAAACUGGAAGACGCCGAGGCCGAGCCUCUGCUGCAGCAGUGCCGGAAGAUGGCGAGCGACAUGGAGGCGCUGCGCAGGAGCGAGCAGCGCUACCGCGCGCUUGUGGGCGACGACGAUGCGGGUGACCGCUGUGCGGACCGCGAGGACCCUUCGACGCGCGCGCAGUGCCUGCACGGUAUCGAGUCUGCGCUGGCCGCCCUUGGCGUGGAGGAGAGUGAGGAGCCAGCGGCAGCGGCCAUCAUGAGAGCGGCCGAGGAGGCGAGAGCACGGAAGAGGAACUGCACGAC